UUUCUGGUCAAAACCCUUCUUCAGACUUGAAAGCCUUGGUGCCCUGACUGCCACCAAACAGUUCCUGGAGGAGAUCAACAAGUGGACAACUCAACAUGGCAUCUCUCCUCUCUCCUGGAAUGCCGCAGUCAAGUUCCUCAUGGCCAGAAAGUUUGACGUGUUCCGUGCCGUUGAGCUCUUCCACUCAUACCGGGAUACAAGGUUGAGAGAAGGCAUCGUAAAGUUGAAGCCUCAUGAAGAGCCGCUUCGAUCCGAGCUGCUGAGCGGCAAGUUCACCAUCCUGAGUGUACGCGAUCCGUCAGGGGCUUCCAUUGCCCUUUUCACUGCCAAGUUACACCAGCCCAACAAAACCCUGCAGCACGUGGUCUUGCAAGCGUUGUUCUACCUGCUGGAUCAAGCCAUCGAAAGCUUUGAAACUCAAAGAAAUGGUCUGGUGUUCAUUUACGACAUGGCUGGCUCGGCAUACACCAAUUUUGAGUAUGACCUUAGCAAGAAAAUCCUUCAGCUGUUGAAGGGAGCCUUUCCCGCUCGAUUGAAAAAAGUAUUCAUUGUCGGCGCACCUGUCUGGUUUCGAUUCCCAUAUUCCGUUCUCAGCUUAAUUCUUAAAGAAAAGCUUCGGGAAAGAGUCCAGAUGGUGAAGACCUUUGAGUUGAAGCUCUACCUGCCCAGGGACUGCCUGCCCGAGCAUUUGGGCGGCAGCCUGAAGAUGGACCAUUCCAGCUGGAACAAGCAGUUCCUCACCUCGCCAAAGGGACGCAGUGACUCGCUGGACGAGCUGAUCGCCGGCUUCCCCAAGGACGAGGUGUCGGUGCACGUGCCGGGGCUGGAGGGGAUGACGGUGGAGGAGCUGCUGGAGCACGUCAACACCGUGCAGAAGAGCGGCAUCUUCGAGGAGUACGAGGACAUCCGGCGGGAGACGCCUUCAGGCACAUUCAACUGCUCGCUACAGCCGUACAACCAGCAGAAGAAUCGAUACGGGGAUGUACUGUGCCUGGACCAGACCAGAGUAAAGUUGAAGCCUUUCAAUCAUGAUGAGAGAACAGAUUAUAUCAAUGCCAGCUUCAUGGAUGGGUACAAGCAAAAGAAUGCCUACAUCGGCACUCAAGGACCAUUGGAAAAGACGUACAACGACUUCUGGAGAAUGGUGUGGGAACAGCAUGUCCUCGUCAUAGUCAUGACCACAAGAAUUGACGAGAGCGGCAGGAAAAAGUGUGGCCAGUACUGGCCGUUGGAUCACAAUGUCCAGAGCAACUAUGGACUUAUCUCAGUCAAAAACCUGGAAAUAGAAAGCUUCACACAUUUUAACAAAACAACACUAGUGAUUCAGAAUGUAGAGACCCAUGAGAGGCGGCAGGUGAUCCACUUCCAGUACGUGAGCUGGCCGGAUUACGGGGUGCCGUCGUCCGCCGCCGCGCUCAUCGACUUCCGGUCGGCCGUGCGGCUGCAGCAAGGCCUCUCCAUCCGUAACCUGGGCAACCGCUGGAACGGCCACCGCGGAGGACCCCCCAUAGUCGUCCACUGCAGUGCCGGCAUAGGCAGAACAGGCACCCUCUGCACCUUGGACAUCUGCCUCUCCCAGCUGGACGACGUGGGCACGCUGAACGUCUACCAGACAGUGCGGAGGAUGAGGACGCAGAGAGCCUUCAGCAUCCAGACCCCCGACCAGUAUUACUUCAGUUACACCGCCAUCAUCGAGCAUGCCCAGAGGCAGAACCUGCUGUCUGCCAGCCAUUAACAGGAGCGCUGCCUCUUCUCAUCACUCACUCCCUCCCUCCCCCCACCCCCUCCGUCCCUCCCUCUACCCCCACCCCUCCCUCCCUCCUCUGUCGUUCAACAACCACUCUGCACCCAAGCAGAUGAUUCCCAAUAAUAGGCGGAUAGAACAACUGUAGAUAGUGACCUUUUUGUGAUUGUACCAGAUCAUAGAUUUAGUACUAGCCUUAAUUACUUGGAUAAAACUUAUUUUACCAUGGUUUAACACCAUCAUACCAGUAGCUUUCUUCACGGAGCUUAUAGACAUUUCCUGAAGAAAAUCUGUUACAAUUCAUUUAUUCCAAUUAUGUAGCAUUUAGAGAUAAAAUCUACGGUACAGAAACAUGAAGAAACGAAGGCCGUCGGGAAGGCCAUCGAAGGAGAAGAUCUCUUCACAGAGACCGAUCCACAAUCUUUAGUCAGCAUGUGACUUCUGUAAAAGUGUCGUCUGUGGACCAGACUUUUUGAUUUUUGAUUUUUUUUUCCUUUUCGAGAAAGAAACUUGUUUAUGACAUAAAAAGAAACGACAAAAAAAAAAGAAUCUUACCUCAAGCGCCACCUGAGGGGCGGAAUGAAGCACCGCGCUGAAUCUCUCGCCGCCUCCGGCUGAGGUCAGCUCUGUCGUUGCCGUACGGGGGGCUCUCUGUACCCGCCUCAUCGUCGCUCACACAGCGGGCCGGAGACACUGACCUGGGCGGCCACACCCGUGCCUGUGUGGGACCAGUUCACCCCUUGUGCCUUCUCCUCUCUUAUUCCACAUUGCAGCGGCCCGCGGCUAUCGUUCAAAGCUAAACCUUUCUCUCAGGGGAUGCAGUUUAUGUUCCCGACCUCUCUCACACACAAUGACUCGCCCACUUGGCCUUCCCUGCACCUUUUCUCCCUCAUCCAGGCUUGUGGCCUAGUGAGUAAAGGUUCCGACCCAAAACAUCAUCUGUCCAUUCCCUUCACAGAUGCUGCCUCACCUUCUUCUUCUUCUUGCGUGUGGCGUGCACAGCCUAAAGUUGUAGGACAACUUGUACUAAUUGAUCUUAUUUGAUUGUGCACGCCGGGUUGAUUGCAUUGGUUGAAACAGGGCGGACCACAUGAAGGUUGCAAUCUCCCACCCCCUGCCUGACCUGCUGAGUUCUUGCUCUUCCACUCCCUCUCGACCUCUUGUUUUGCCUCUUAUCAUUCCCUGCUCUUUCUCACACUCAUUCUCUCCCUCUUUCCCUGCAGCCCUUUAAUCUUGCCCUCUCUCCAUCACCCCCGCACUCUCCUUUUCCCUCCUCCCAUUCUCUCUCUCUCCUCGCAUUCUUUCUCUCCUUCCAC